UAGCCUCUUCGCAUUUCUUAAGAGGUCAUUUCUUAAAAGUAGCAAUUUUAAAAUUACUUGUUAAAUGCAACUUGAAUAUUUAUUUUCAAAAAUCUGUUAUUAUGCUUUUUUGUAUAUUUUUAGCCAUUCAUGUGGUACAAAAGAAGAUUCUAGUAACGGGUCAUCUGUUACUGUAACAGUCUCACCUUCAGGUUCACCUGAUGGAUCUGGUGUCAGCAUCUCUUAUUCAGAAAUAGCUCAUGGUAAAAACACAAGUAGUGGAUGUGGAACUUGGCCACGACCGUCUUCAGGUGCUGUAGCUCCAACUACAUUAUCUCCCCCGUCCUCUUCUUUGGAACCCUCACCGACAAACACCAGUCAGUCCAUCUGUACAUUAUGCUGA